AGAGACUACUUCCAGUUUAGAUGCAGGAAGCAUUUUUCACACACACUUCCGACGAGGUGAUUGUGAAACAGAGAAUCAGCUGUCAUUGUUAUGUUCUCCUCAAGCACAUUUUCACACUUUGUCAUGUCACAGUAAGAGCUGAUAGAACAGAAGGAUUUUAGAUCGUGUUAUAAAAGUGGACUAACACAUUUUUAAUGUUAAAGCAACUGUGAAUGAGGAACCAGGAACACUGUCACGUGAAGACGGCAGAGCACUGUUGGAUGUCCAGGUCCUCAGACUAGACAACACACUUCCUUCUGCGAUGAUUGCAGUCAACACAUCCAGAUCUCUUUACCAGAGACUAAACAGUGAUAUCAAAGACAGGCUGGCUGUCUCCUCCCUGAGUCUCCACACUUCAGCCAACUCUAGAGUAAUCUUGCUCAGGGAUGUUGACCCCGUGGUCUUUGCCAUCAGGAGAGGGGAUGUUAAGGCUGUUAAUGAUCUGGCCACAUCUGCUCCUCACAGCCUGCUGAAGGAAAACAAAGAUGGCUGGAUAUCUCUGCAUGAUGCUGCUUUCUGUGGACAGACAGAGUGCUUGAAGACUUUACUGAGAGCCCAUCCAGGUUCAGUAGACAAACGUACCUUGCAGGAGCAGACGGCCUUACUGCUUGCAGUGUCUUGUGAACACUUGUCAUGUGUGCGGUGCCUUCUGGAGGCAGGCGCCGACCCUGACAUCUGCAGCAAGAACAAAGAAACCCCUUUGUACAAAGCCUGUGAGUUGGAGAAUGUGGAGAUGGUGAGCCUCCUUCUGUCCUGUGGGGCCACUGUGAACCAACGGUGUGGUCAGGGUUGGACAGCCCUCCAUGAGGCUGUAUCCAGGAACAACACAGAGAUCUGUGAGAUGCUAAUAAGAGCCGGCGCCUCAAUCAAUCCACCUAAUACCUACAGCAUCACACCACUCAUUGUAGCAGCUCAGCGCGGACAGAUGAGGGCACUGUGUUACCUUAUAGGGAAAGGUGCAGAUGUGAACAUGUACAUGUGUGAUGGUGUCACAGCAUUGCAUGAGGCUAGUAAAAAUGGCCAUAAGGAAAGCGUUGCAGUGCUGUUGGCUAAAAACGCCGAUGCCAACAAACCCACUAACUCAGGACUGCUGCCGCUGCAUGUUGCUGCCCAAUAUGGACACCAUGAGAUUGUGUCCCUGCUUGUCUCAGUGACAAGUCGAGCCAGGCUCCGCCACUGCUGUAUCAGCCCCCUGCACCUGGCAGCAGAGCACAACAGACACACAGUGGCAGCUGUGCUACUGAAGACAGGUGUAGAUGUAAACGCCACACUGGCCCACAGUCACUCUAUCCAGUAUGCUGAUCGGCGCGCAACAGCCCUCUACUUUGCUAUAGCAAACGACAGCACCGAGACAGCAGAGGUGUUACUGAACGCCGGCGCUAGUCUAAGCCUGGACCCAAUCAGUCCUCUACUAAUGGCCGUACGGCAGGGCUGUGUCAGCACUGUGUCAUUACUGCUGGAGAGAGGGGCCGAUGUCAAUGCCAGAAUGGCGGCUAAUACUACUACGUUCCCUGCCGUUGUUGCACUUUGCAUGAAUAAUCUGCCUCUACUCAAGUGCCUUCUGGACAAUGGCUGUGAUGCCCUCUCCUGCUUUAGCUGUACACAUGGCAGAGCCCCUCACCCAACAUCAGGAGGAUCCCCUAUAAGAACUGGCGGCAAUGGAUUGCAGAAUGACAAUAUGUUACCUUUAAACUGCAGUGAGCCACCAGAAAGGGCAUUACAGUUCUGUGAGUGGAUCUCAACAUCAGUUAUGUGUAAGUGGGCAGGACCAAUUAUAGACUUGCUGCUGGAGCAUGUUGGUCAUGUUCAGCUGUGCAGUAAGCUCACUGAACAACUGGACAGCCGGGAAGAAUGGCUCGCUGUUAAGAGGAAGUCAUUGUCACCUCGUCCACUGCUACACCUUUGCAGAUUGAGGAUUAGGACCCAAAUGGGGAGACACAGACUGAAAUCUCUCACAAGUCUACCUCUGCCGGACAGACUGAUCAGAUACCUGAGUUUGGCUGACUGACUUUUAAAAUUAACGUCAAGCAUUAUAGGCAUCAGAGAUGCGACUAAAUUUAUCAUUUUGUGUUUCUUUUUUUAGUUGUAUCUAAAGUUUUGAAUCUGUAAAUGCUCCUCUCAAAGCUGUUCUCUAUGUAUAAAAUAGCUAUUUAUAUGCAAUCUAAUGUUAAGUUUCUUUAAUCUGUCUGUUUUGUAGUUUCACAGAAAUGCUCGGUGAUAGUGAAAAUGAUCUAAUGCCCAAAGGAGUUCUUUAGGGAAGUUGAAUCAUUUAUUUAAAAAUAAAAGUCAUUUUUUCAAA